GAUGACUUCAUGCGACCGGAGCUGGGCGGCGGGAGCGGCAGCUGCAGCUGGCAGGUUGGGGUGGGGGCCCGCGGAGCUGACCACGCACACGGCCCCGCGCGGCUGGACUUCUGCCCGGGGCACCGGGCGCCCGGGACGUGCGCUGACUGGUUCCUGGGGAAGUUUCCUGACUUUCUGGGAAGUCCUGGUUUCCCCCAAUGAAGUGAAGUCUGAUAAAAAUCUGAAGAUCAUCUCUAAGGAAAAAAGAAAUCCAAUAUAGUCAAUGAAUAAAGGAUAAAAAGGUUUCCAAUCAGUCCCUGCUAUGUGGAUAUUUGUUAGCAAUGACUGAUGUGGAAACUACAUAUGCAGAUUUCAUUGCUUCAGGAAGAACAGGUAGAAGAAAUGCAAUACAUGAUAUCCUGGUUUCCUCUGCAAGUGGCAACAGCAAUGAAUUAGCCUUGAAAUUAGCAGGUCUUGAUAUCAACAAGACAGAAGGUGAAGAAGAUGCACAGCGAAGUUCAACAGAACAAAGUGGGGAAGCCCAAGGGGAAGCAGCAAAAUCUGAAAGCUAAUGCCCCACUUUGACCUUCAGCAACACCUGACAAUGUCUCACAUGUCCAGAAAUGGCUGGAAUGCAUUUGUUUCCAUGAGUGAAAAGGGGAAAAAGAAAAUGGCUGUGCUGCAUCCCAGGAGCCCGCUCAUUAUGUUAAAAAUGGGGGCAGAGGCUGUGGCUGCAGACAGACUUUUCUCUACCUCUGUCAUUAGCAAUGGUUGAAAUCAUGUGGCUUGUGUUUGGACAUCAUUUUCAGAUGGAUCCUUUCACCUGACCAUAUGAUGAAAUGCUUGUAGAGAGUAGCACUGACCUAGAUGAUGAUUCUUCCUGUAGCAUCUGGCCCCUCACAAUGUCAGAGGAUUUAAUUGUGUCUAAUUGCAAAGGGUUGGUUGAAACCCAGAGUUUAUAUAUCUCUGGCUCAAGUAUUCACCCAGUAAAUGAACCAUCCAGAAAGCACUGUUUUUAGCAUUGUGUAUCCGUGUGUUACUGCUAUGUUAUUGACACUGUUUUGUAUUGUACAAUAUAGAUGCUCAGCACUGCCCCCUUUGAAUGCUUAUGAAAAACAAAAAUUAUGUACAUUACUGUGAAUUUUUAUACCACUCAUUUUUAAAAGGGCUGCAUUUUUAUUUUAAUUUUUCAUAGUGUGUUGGUGUACACAGGAUAGGACACACUUUUUUAACCAUAAUCUUUCUCUUUGAUCACUGUAUACUGAUGAAUUGAUUAAGCCUAAGACUCCUUUGCUUUAUUACACAGUAUUUGAAAAUAUCCAUUAAUGUGAAUUUUACCAAAAAAUCAAUCUGUUGAGUGUCUGCACAGAGCAGAAUUCAAUUUGUGAAUUUUGUUUUAUUUUCAAGAGGAGAAACGUCUCUCAACUAAUAUUUUUAAUUUUUAAUUAGGAGAAUUUUAAAGAUUUGGGAAGAUAGAAAAGAAAACCCUAGAUAAUGCUACGAACUAGAAAUAUUUUGUUCUGUGGAAACAAAUUUCUCAAAUGCUAUAUGUUCCCGUUUAAAGUUGAGAGACAUCUCAUCUUCACCAGGCUAAGACAGAGAACAUGAUCUCCUUGCAAUCAUGUGGACACCAAUCACAAAUGUAAAGCCCUCGUGUUGUGAUUUUCAUGGUUUUUUUUUUUUCAGCCCUAACAGAUCCAAAUGUUAUUAUGCACUUUUUAAUGUUUGUAAACUUUUAUUAAUAAUUAGUGUGAAUUGCAUUCUGAUACAAUAAUAAUUACCAUCCUUAGAAAUUUACAAAAUCUUCAUUGAUACUGUUGGUGGCCUCUGCUGUUUUUUGACAUCAUAAUACUUGUGUGGAAUGUUGCCGUGAGCUGUGGAAUCCCUCUGGUCAGUAUUAUGAAAUCAUUUGUUAGUUGUAAUAAAUAAGGAACCAGUAGUAUGCCAGUGGUUCAUGCAUUACUGGACAAAAAGCCAACAAUAGGAAAUCCCUUAGCUGUCCUUCACGGGUUUGAUACAAUUCCAGAUGAAACUGCAUUUCAGCAGGUGAUCUUAUGGUUCUGCCAGGAAAUCAGCUCUUCUUUAAAUUUACAGACAAGAUGAAGCUAAGUCUUCUCAUAGCUCCCUUUGCAGUACUUUUCUACUACUGGGAUAGGAAUAUGGGUCUCAUUUGACUUUUAAACAGCUGUAUUAGGGAAGAAAAUUAGCAAUGUCUUUCUGAGAACAGAAAGAGGACAGAUUAAAUUUUAGAGGACUUCUAUCCAACCCAUAAAGGGUCAAAAUGUCCAGCUAAUAUCCAAGCAAAUCUACUUACUAAUAGACUCACAGAUGUGAAAAGAUGUUCCUGGGGCCUAGACAAUCUAAAACAUACUGCCUAUAUAAUCACUUUUCAACAUCCUCAUUAACUAUCUCCAUAGCUUUCUUGUGAAUCUAAAGUUUUCAUCUUCCUUAAAGUUGUGGAAUUUUAAACUGAUUUCCUGUGAUUUUGUAAAGUUUAGAAUCAGUGCUGAGUAUAUGUGGAGGGUUUAUAUUCCUAUGUGAUAUACUAUAUUAAUGCAUGUGGUGCCAUGCUUGUCUUUGAAUACAUAAAUAGUGCUAAAUUGUGAA